UUUCACUCCGGGGUUUUCCUUUUUAAUUUUUUUUUUUUCUCGCGUUUUUAGCUACUCAGUGCCCCCACGCCCCUCUUUUGGGGGCUCUCCUGUAGCCUUUUUCUUUUUUCCUCUCUUUCAGCGUAGUUGGUGUGGUUUUCUUUUUUUUUUUUUCCCUUUUUUUUUUUUUUCGCCUGUGUCACUCUGUCAAGUUUAUUCCAAACAAGAACAAAGUUUUCAGAGAGGGACAGAGGAGAAACUGCUUUUUUUUUGCCCCUUUUCAAUUUUUCCUUGCCCUUUUUUUUUUUUUUUUCCCUCCUUUUUAUUUUUUUUCCCCUGCUGUUUUUCUAACCUGCCGGCGGAGAAGGGGGGCGAGCGCAGCCCCCCCGCCCCAGGACCCCCCAGGCAGGGUCAGUGUGCGCUCCGCAAUCGCUCCUCUUUUCGUGCGUGCGUGUGUGUGGGUGCGAGUGUGGUGCCUGUCAAGGGGCUGUUUCUCUCCCCACCCUCCUCCUCCUCCUUCUUCCAAAUAUGCUUUUUGAAAGUUUUGAUCUCGUCUCGGCACUGGCUACCCUCGCGGCGUGCUUGGUGUCACUGACUUUGCUGCUGGCCGUGUCCCAACAGCUGUGGCAGCUCCGCUGGGCUGCCACCCGCGACAAAACCUGCAAGCUACCAAUCCCUAAAGGCUCUAUGGGAUUCCCUUUAAUCGGAGAAACCUUCCACUGGCUCCUGCAGGGCUCCUGCUUCCAGUCUUCGCGACGGGAGAAGUACGGGAACGUGUUCAAGACGCACUUGCUGGGGCGGCCGCUGGUGCGGGUGACGGGCGCGGAGAACGUGCGGAAGAUCCUGAUGGGGGAGCACCACCUGGUGAGCACCGAGUGGCCGCGCAGCACCCGCAUGCUCCUGGGACCCAACACCGUGGCCAACUCCAUCGGCGACAUCCACCGGCACAAGAGGAAGGUUUUCUCCAAAAUCUUCAGCCACGAGGCCCUGGAGAGCUAUCUGCCCAAGAUCCAGCUGGUGAUCAAAGACACCCUCCGGGCCUGGAGCAGCAACCCUGAGUCCAUCAACGUCUACCACGAGACCCAGAAGCUCACUUUCCGCAUGGCCAUCCGCGUCCUGCUGGGCUUCCGCAUCCCCGACGAGGAGCUCAGCCGCCUCUUCGAGGUCUACCAGCAGUUUGUGGAGAAUGUCUUCUCCUUGCCCAUGGACCUGCCCUUCAGUGGCUACAGGAGGGGCAUCCGGGCACGUGAAACGCUGCAGAAAGGGCUGGAGAAAGCCAUCCAGGAGAAACUGCAGAACACACAGGGCAAGGACUAUGCUGAUGCUCUGGACAUCCUGAUAGAGAGCGGCAAAGAGCACGGCAAGGAGCUCACCAUGCAGGAGCUGAAGGACGGCACCCUGGAGCUCAUCUUCGCCGCCUACGCCACCACCGCCAGCGCCAGCACCUCUCUGAUCAUGCAGCUCCUCAAACACCCGCGGGUGCUGGAGAAGCUGCGGGAGGAGCUGCGCAGCAAGGGCAUCCUCCACAACGGCUGCAUCUGCGAGGGCUCCCUGCGGCUCGACAACAUCAACAGCCUGCACUACCUGGACUGCGUCAUCAAGGAGGUGCUUCGCCUCUUCACCCCCAUCUCGGGGGGGUACCGGACGGUGCUGCAAACCUUCGAGCUGGAUGGUUUCCAAAUCCCCAAGGGCUGGAGCGUCAUGUACAGCAUCCGGGACACCCACGACACCGCCCCCGUCUUCAAGGACGUGGACGCCUUCGACCCCGACCGCUUCGGGCAGGGCCGUAGCGAAGACAAGGAGGGCAGGUUCCACUACCUCCCCUUCGGAGGGGGCGUACGGACCUGUCUGGGGAAGCACCUGGCCAAGCUCUUCCUCAAGGCGCUGGCCAUCGAGCUGGCCAGCACCAGCCGCUUCGAGCUCGCCACCAGGACUUUCCCCAAAAUCACCCUGGUGCCCGUGGUCCACCCGGUCGACGGACUCAAGGUCAAAUUCUUCGGACUGGAUUCCAACCAGAACGAGAUCCUGACGGGGACAGACGCAAUGCUGGGGGCCACGGUGUAGAGCCCGCGAGGGACGGGUGGCUGGGGACGGAGGGGUGGGGUGGGGACACGGGGAUGAACAGGAGGGGAGGGGAGAGGACCGAGAAGCUUCUCCACGAUGCUCGUUUCACGGAGCCUCCGGGUCGGGACUGCUUUCUCCACCGGUGAAGCUGCCAAAACCCUUCUGCUCCGGGCGUGGAGAAGGUCGGGGUGGCGUCGUGCCUCUCGCUUCCUUCGAAAAAGAGGGAGAGUCGCAAAUCCCGAGUAGAACUGGGACUGUCUGACCAUACACAGUAUCUAAAUAUUAUAAAUAUAUAUAUAUAAAUAUCUAUAAAACACUUCUGCUGCGAGGAGGAGCGCUGCAAAGCCCCGACUGCGGGAAAGGCUUUGGAAAUCAGCCGGCAACCAGAGGUCUGGUGGCCCAGGGCGGCUCUUGGGUGGCCGCUGGGCUUUUUUUUUUAACAGUGUUAAAUUAGCUGGUGAUAACAGUGUUUUUUGUUUUUGUUUUUGUUUGUUUGUUCAGUUGUGUUUUUUUGUUUUGGGGCUUUGGGGACUUCCCUGGGUGAGGGGCAGACAAGUGAUGCCCAUUCCCACCCCAUCCCCUGGGCAGGUUUGGGGAGGGGGGGUGCUGCCGUUUCGCCUCUGCUGCGGGACCGAAAAACCCUGUGGUGCCUUGUCUAGGACUGAGAAGACGGCGAGCUGUCUCUCCAAGGCCUCGGACAAGUGCGUUUUUGCAAAAUGGGCUCUGGGGCAGGGGGGGGCUCCUGUUUUUUCUCAUUGAGUUUCCUGCUGCUGCUACACAGCCUGUGUGCAUCCGUCCCGUUCCCCCCCCCCCAACCCCCUCACCCUCUCCAUGCAGAGGCACCCAUUUGGGGACAUUUCGGUGCCUUUGCUCUCCCUCAGGGUGCAGGCACCAACCUCCAAAGCGUGCAGCCCCCCAACCUGCCACGGCGCUGCAAGCACCAAGCACUGGGGUGCCCAGCGAAACCGCCCCGCUCAGAGCUGCUCCUUUUGGGAGGCAUUCGCAUUAAAGGUGAUCUCUAUAAAUAAGCCAACGUCCGCAUGGUUUGUCUCGUGUCUGGGUUUUGUUUGGCGAUGGAAGAGCUUGGCAGGAAGGAGAAUGAACGGCAGGCUCCUUGCAAACUGCUUGCCUCGUCCCACCGCCCAUCUGGGAGAGGGGUCCUGCCCAAAGCAGCUCCAGCGCAAGCAAGCAGCCACCAAGGUAUCUUGAGUUUCAUUUGCUGGGUGGUAUUUUUUUUAAAUUUCAUUCUUUUUUCUUCUUUUUUUUUUUUUCUUUUCUUUUUUUUUUUUUUUUUUUGCAUGCAAAAGGCUUCCAGGUUGAGUGUGAGAUGGGCGCGUUGUGUUGUAAGCAGAUGUUGCCUCAUGCGCAGGUGCAGAGCAAAGACACCCCGAGUGCUCUGGCUGGCAUUUGGUUCAGAUCAGUGCUGGGAAAUCCCUCUUGGAUCCCUCUUCGAGGCAUUUCAUCCCUGCUCUGCACAGCCCUGCUCCUCUCCCAGCUCCUGCCCUCCGUGGUGGAAAGGAUGAGACAAGGACCGUGGCUGGGACCUCUCCUAACCGUGAUGGGGAAAGAUCUCAUGCUUGGGUGGGCAGCUUGGCUUUCUGCUUUAAAGGUGUCCAGAUAAGUCGGAGGGGCUGAAAUAGGAAGGACGAAGGGGCAGAUGUUGCUUACCAGGUUGCUUUGCAGGUUGUGCUUUUGAGGAGUGGGCGCCUCUCUGGAAGGUCGAAGGAAGUGUGGGGCGAGCGACGGCGGUGGCUGCCUUUGCCAGGCUGCCGUCUGGUGGGGGCGGUGGGGAGGGAGGCAGGCUGUGAGCCAGGGGAAGCUCUCGAGGUCGGAUUGCCGUCAGCCAAGCUGCCAGAAGCCCCCCAGGAGCAUCCCGGCGGAUGGGCUCCACUCAAGCCAAGGUGCACGACUUGAUUUCCAGGUGGAUUUGACCCGAAGUAAAACUCCCUGCCUUCCAAGGGAUGCCGCUGAGAUCCAGAGCUCGCUUUCUGGUUGGUAAGCAGCGUGCCAAACCUAAGAGCGAGGUUUCGGAGCUGUGUGCUACCUUGGCACUGUGCUACCUUGGCACCGCGUCCCUGGAACAGAGGCUCAGCUAGUUUGCCAGCCUGGAAAUGUUGAGAGGAACACCACUAGCUCCAGCACCGGUGAGAUUUUAGGCAUUUUCCUUGUUCCUGGUGGAGAGAAAACAUUCCCAGAAAUAAAAGGGGCUUAAUCACAAUCCGAGUCCCAAAGGGAAGCAAAGGAGGACAUAACCUGAAUGCAGUGGGAAGAGGAGAGUCUCCUGGAGGCAAGUGUCUGGGGAGAGGUUUGUGGCACCUGAGGCCAUCCACAAUUUUGGCUGACAACAAACAUCUGUAGGGCAUGGGGAUGGGGCAGGAGGUGGAGGACGCAGGGUGAAAACCCACCAGGGACCCACUGUUGGGUGCUGUCCAGGAGCCCCUCAUUUCCAGCUGAGACCUUUUGGGGGCAAAAGCUGUGACUGGGGGAGAGAGGAGGUGAAAAAAGGGGAACACUGGUGAGGGGAAUGGCCAACAAGGUCGGGAGGUCUGCUCAAAACUCACUGGUGGCUUUGUGCUGUGCUCCCGUGAGCAAAAUCUCUCGAGGAGACUUUUGGAAAGGGUUUGGUCCCGCUCGUGCUUACAGGCAGUCAGUGAAGGGCUUCGCUGAAAUUGUUAUUUUAACUUCCAAUGUCGUUACAAAGUGAAAAACCAAACAUGCUUUUGAAUGAGUGGUUGAUUGGAGAGCUGUAAUGUCAGAAGCAUACAUCCAUUAUAUAUAUAUGCUUACAUCAUGUGUAUAUAUAAUGUUUGUGUGUGUGAGUAUUUAAUCUAGGCAUAAGUAAGUCAUGCUUUUGUUUUACCAUUCCUAACUAAUAUAACUUGACUAAAAAAAGUUGCUGCAGAGGGUUUGCAGAAUAAAGCACUUUGAAUCUCAGAAUUGUUUGUGUUAUUUUUUUUUCUUAGCACAGUCCAAUUCGCUAUAAUAUUAUUUUAUACACAAAAUUUUUUUUUGGUCUGUCUUUAUAAACUAUUAUAAGUACUAUUUUUGUUAUAAUUCAAAAUAGAUAUUUAGUAUAAAGUUUUUGCUGUUAAAUAUUUGUUAUUUAGUAAAAUAUGAUUUUUUUUUUCUCUUUAUUGUAAACAUUGUCUGGAAAAAUAUUAAUAUGUUUUAUCACAGUUGUUUUUAAUAUUAAAAAAAAAAAGAAAAAGCACUUGUGGGGUUUUUCGUUAUGAAAUUGGUGCCGUGUGAACAUGUGUUUCAGUCAUGUGGUUCUUAAUAUGUAUAUAAUAUCAUGUGUCGCAUAUUAAAAUGAAUGUUGUGUAUUUUGUGAUCUUAAAAAAAAAAAAAAUAAUCCAUGUGGCUA